AUGUCAGCAGUGUUCAAAAUUGUAGCGGCGGUCGUGUAUAUAUUCGCGUCCGUAACUCAAACGCAAGCCGGUACUUAUGGACCGCGAUCGGAGUUUGGGUACCCUGCUGGACUUAUACCUGAUUGUCCUGGUGUGUUGAAAAAUGCCAGCAUCAGUCCUCGCAUGAUGCAGGAACUACAAAUUGCAAUACACCGGGUGAAAAGUAAUGGACAGAUUGUACGGAAACUGGUGCCGGUCGAGAAUGCACCGAAGAUAAUAGCUGGGGAUAAAAUUAUAGACUUAAGAAACAAGAAGACAGUUUUUUAUGCUGUGGGGUUCCUAGACAGCUCGUAUUAUCCGUUCUCACAAGCUAUUGGCACUUCUUACUCUAAGAGGGGCUACAACGUGUUUAUAUCGGAAACCUUGGCGUUCCUCACUUAUAUUUAUCCAAAAUCGGUACGACUAGUGAAAGUCCUCGGCAAGAAAAUAGGAGAAUUUCUAGUCAAACUAACAGAACAAGGGCUUCAAUCCGAAAAUAUUGAACUGGUUGGUGCCAGUCUAGGAGCUCACGUAGUCGCCCAUGCAGCUAAAUACUUCUAUCAGGCCACUGGAAGAAAAGUUGCAAGAAUAACUGGUUUGGAUCCUGCAGGACCUUGUUUUAAAGCUCUAAGUCCCGAACAUAAAUUAUAUAGGACGGACGCAGACAAAGUUGAUAUUGUACAUACUAAUAUAGAUGGUUUUGGUACUGCUGAAACCCUAGGUCAUUUAGAUAUUUAUGUUAAUGGAGGGGAAUUCCAACCUAGUGAUAUACCUUAUAUACCAUGUCUUGUAAUUUGUAGCCAUGUCAGAGCUUUGAUAUAUUGGUGGCAAGCCUUGGAACAUCCCAAAAAGUUCAUAGCUGUAAAGUGUAACAAUGUUCAAGAAGCUAGAUUUGCUCAAUGCUUUAAUAAUUCUCAGACUAACUAUUUAGGUGUUGAAGCCAAAUUCGACAGGCCUGGCAUUUAUUAUUUAGCUACCGAUAAUGAGUUCCCAUAUUUUAAGGGGAAAAGUGGGUUGAAAGCGGCAAAUGAAAUUUUUACGAAAAGUACUCGGUUAAUUAACUCUGAUGACAACUUCAUUGUUUAG